AUGGAACCCGGAGUCCUCUACGAAGAUUUCGCUUCUAACCAAAGCUAUCGACCACCGUCUCCUGACUCGUUCUACGCACAGAACGUUAUCCAACACUACAACCGUUACGGUGGUGCAAAGGCCACCUCAGCGUCGAGCACAGCGCACCCACCGACACAGAGUGCCGCCUCGCAGUACCAGGCGCAGUUUCGAACGAGGGUGAUAUCCCCAACACACCGCGGUCCCUCGAUAGCGCAGUCUUUGAGCCAGGCACAGAAUGGCGUCGGCUUGGGGUUAGGCUUUCCAUCCAAACGGCCCCAGGACUCGUCAACGCCAAUUGACGCCGUUGGAAGCGGUGCGCAGCGUGGGGAUGAAGUGAAGGAGAGGAGGGAAAGGAGGGAGAAGGAUAGGGAGAAGAGAGAUAGGGAGAAGGACAGGGACAAGAAGGAGAAGGAGAAGGACAGGGAGCGACGGCAUCGUUCCAAAGACCGUUCGAGCACGCGAGACAAGGAGCGAGACAAGGACAAGAAGGAACGGAGGAAGGACAGGGAGAGGUCCACGACUCGAAACCGGUCGAAGGAACGCAAGGAUCGCCAUCGUUCGAAGGAGCGGAAGGAUAGGUCAGACAAGAAAGACCGCUCCAAGUCCGACAGGAAGCACGAAUCCACGAAGAAACCGCCAGCACCACCUCCGCCACCGCCAGAAGCGCCCGACACACCAAUCACCGAUAGCACGGGUUCAGAAGAAUCAAGCUACGGUCAGCCCCUUCAGCGCCACCAGAACCACCCUUACUUCCACCACGGCUAUUCUGAGCAAUACGAUCAGUCCCAAUCCCACGACGACGUCCCGCCGCACGCUCGACCAGACCUCGGAAAGCUCUCACUAGGUUCUGGUCCUCUUCAUCCAGGCCUUAACCCCAACUCGCCCCACAACUACCCAGAAGUCAACGGUGGUGCUCUGCAAACGCCCGAUCAGCUCCCUCCAUUACCCAAUGGCGUAGACGCGGCACAGGACGGCGAGAAGACACCCACGAGCGCCUUGCCGCCUUCAGCUGCUGUGGGAAUGAGUCAGACGCAGUACGAGUGGGAGCAGCAGCAAGAGCGUGAAGGGAGACACCUACGGGAACCAGCACAGAUGAAUCCCUCGUUCACAGCUUCGUUUGUUGGUUCUGGGGUAAAUAGUGCAGCACAUCCAGGUGACCAAACAGCCGACUCGUUUGGCAGCUUGGAGAGUUUGGGUAUACCCCUAGGAGGACCGGUCGUCGUUGGAGGAGGAGGGGCUAAUAGACCACACCUCACCGUGGAUACGAGUGGUGCGACUGGAGGACCGCGAGGAUCGAACGUAAUGCCCAAGAAUAGCAUGGCCAGUUUCUACGUUGACUCUCCGGCCGACAUGACAGGCGGGCCUGCAGAUACGACGGCUCAAUCACAUCCCCACCACCCCUCGCACGAAUCUUCACGCACACUUGCUUCGGAGAACCAGCCAUCACGACUGGUCAACCAAUCGCAGGAAAAGAAUGGACGACCAGAACCACGGCGCCACCCUACCCUCCCCGAGUACGAGACGCUGUAUCCCGAAGCGGCUGACUACUUUGGGGCUGCAGCAAUCCCUUCUCAAGGUCCGAGUGAGAAUGGGGAUGGUAUCAAUGGCGGGCAGGCUUCGAAUGGGGCAGCUGGUGUGGGUGGGUUCGUGACGGACAUGAAAGCUGCGAUUGGAGAAGGGGAGCCUAGCACCGCGACGAACGGCAUGGCGCACGAAGGAACACCCCGACCUGUCUCCACACUGGACAUCCCGCGCUCGAACCUCAAUGUAGAUGUCGAGUCGAUGGGGAGGUAUAACACGCCACUCGACCCACCGAAUGCUGGGCAGUCUCCUCGCCCACCUGGGACUCCGGGAUGGCCGUCUUCAAGGCUUUCGGCGUUGCUGAAGGUCCCGAGCGAGACGUUGGUGCAGUUGUUGGUUAGAGCGGAGGAGGAAGCCGAGGCUUACAAGCGGAACUACGAGGUCGUGGUGAGGAACGUCCAAGAGGGAGGGACAGCAUCCGCUCAAUCGCUGGCCAAAGCACAGGAGAAGAUCGACUCCCUCAAAUCCCGACUCAAAUCCAAAGAACGCGAGUACGAAGUCCGGCUGAAAGAAGCCGAACGACGCGCUGAGGAACGGUACAUGCAACGGCUCAAAGACUACGAAAGACGGAUAUCCAGCCUCUCAGCACAGCACUCGGCCUCCCUCUCCUCCCUCACCUCCAAAUACACAUCCCAAAUCGCCGCCCUCGAAAAAGCCAAGCGUGAACAAAGCCUCACUCUGUCGUCUAAAAUCCUCGACCUGCAGAGCGAACUGAGCAAGCUAAACUCGACGCUGAGUUCGUACAAUUUGAAGUUGGAGCAUAAGGAGCGGGAAGUCGAAAGGGCGCGGGAGGUGGUGCGCAAGUUGGAGGAGGAGAAGGAUGAGAUGAGUCGGGAGGUGGUUAAGGCGAAGGGGCAGGUGCGGAGGGUGAGGGAGGAGGCGUUCGUGCGCGUGGCGAUGGAAGAGGGAAGACGCGAAGGCUUUGAGGAAGGUGUACGCAAGGGUCGCGUCGGCAUGGCGCUCGCCCGCGGUACCAGCCUACCAACCCCAGCCGCACCCCCAGCCGUCGAGGCCAGCGGAAGCAAAGACGGCGACAAGAAGAAGAGCGGCAGUGCCAGCGCGAGCGGGAGCAAAUCCAGUAGCAAAGGAAAAGGAAAAGCCAAGGCGGCGGAUAUCGACUCGGAAACUGCGAUCGAGCUGCUUGAGAUUGAAAAGGCGGAGAAGGAUCGACUUGCGGCGAGGAUUAAGGAUUUGGAGGAGUUGGUAAAGAGUUCGCACUCUCAAUUGAGACAGCUCGAGUCGCAGAAUACUAGCCUGAUUGAAGCACAGCGGCAGACUGAGUAUGAGGAGAGGAGGAGGUUGGAGGAUAUGGAGAGGAGAAACCAGGAGAGGCUGGAUGAUAUCCAGAGGAGGAACGAGGAGAGGUUGAUGCAGAUGCAGCAUAUGAACGAGUUGAGGCUGGCCGAGUUGGAGAGAGGAAGAGCGAGUGAAGUUGGGAGUGUUGUUUCGAGGAUGAGGGAACUGGAGGACGAGGUUGAGAGGGAGCGUGGAGAGCGGGAGCGGCUGCGUCGUCAAGAAGAGGACAGGCGACGCAGAGAGGAAGAGGAGAAACGCCGCAGGGACGAGGAGGAGAGGGAGAAAGAGCGAAAACGGGCCGAAGAGGUCGAGAGGCUAAAGAAGGAGCAGAAAGAACUCGAAGAACGACUGAAGAAGGAAAAAGAGGAGCGGGAGCGGGAAGAGCGAGAGAGGAAGGAGAGGGAAAAGAAAGAGAAGAAAGAAAGGGAGGAGAAAGAGAAGAAGGAGAAAGAAGAGAGGGAGAGGAAGAAGAAGGAACCUACCCUGCCCUACCUCGCUAUGCCACCGCCGCCUCAGCCCCAGCCCCAGCCUCAGCCAUUCCAAGGUGUUCCGCGACCACCAUCCACGUCUGCUUCACGCCGCGACCACCGUCGACGCGACUCGGGCUCCGACACGAGCGAGAUUCACGGAUUCGAUAUCCUCACAUUCCCUAGUGUACCCGACUACGUCAGUGGGGGAUACCCUUCAAGCUCGUACACAGCUGCAACUGGCGCCCCAGUUGGCGCACCCGUCAUCCCUGGCUUCCCCACCGUUUCGACAGGCUAUACUGGAUACCCCGGGGAUGACCGCCGUGGUCUCAGUACCAUUCACGAGAACCGGACCCCCAGUCCGCUUAAUAUCCGACCCUUCUCUGGGAGGGAGGCGUACAUGGAGAAUGGAGGCAGGAGAGAAUGGAUGGGGAACGCGCCACCGAUCCAAAACGGUUCUGGGCCGUAUGGUAACCCGACGGGGUCGUAUACGGGUGGAGAUGGGUUGCUGGUUCCCCCUCCCAAUGGCGGCAAUCCACAAGGGAGAGGGUUGAGACACGAGCACAGUUCGAGUACGGUGAACAUCGAUGUCGUUCCACCUUCCCGACCCCCAUCAAGCCUCCAGCACCAUCCCUACACGCCUUCACAUCCUCAGUACCUCUCGCCCAAUGCCCAACCGGCACCACUCCCCGUUCCAGCACCUGCACCGCACGACCGCCGAUCGCCCGAUCCAAGUACUUAUGUGCCCGUCAUUCCAGCUGGCUUCCGCGGCGCCGUCCCUGCACCUACUGGGUCGCCAUACGGACCGUACGACAACCCCACGAUGCCCGUCGUGCCUCCGCCCCAACCUCGACCCCCCGGGUGGACCGAUACACGACCGAACAGCCCCUACGACCAGUCCACCGGGCUACCCGUCGGGUUCCACCCGCAGAGUGUGACGCCCGCUCCGCCCAAUGCGAUGCCUGAGCCUAGUGUAGACGGGCUCCCAGUCGAGAUACGGAAGAAGAAGAAGAAGGGGAGGGAUGCGUAUGGGAACCCUACUGCUGACCAGGUGGGGACGAGCAAGAUGGGCCCCGCUGCGAUGCGUAUGCCUGAGCCGGCCAGUUCGAUUGGGCCCGCCAAUAUGUCGAUGCCUGCACCGAGCAGCGCGCUGGGUCCGGCGAGCAUGGCGAUGCCUGAGCCUGGUGUCCCCGUCGUCCCACCGCCUAGGCCGCCAACAUCGAAUUCGGCUGCGGGUGGUGGCACCAGUUCGAAUGCGUGGACGCCGGCGUCGAAGGCGUUGGGGAGUGCGACGCCUGGAGGAACGAUGGUGUCGAUGCCGGAGCCGGGUGUGCCGAAUAUUGUGCCCAGUGCUGGGACGAGGACGCCCGCUGUGGGUGCUGCUACGCCGCUGGGAGGGAGUACGAUGGGGCCUGGUAGUAUGGCUAUGCCUGAGCCUACCGUUGGAGGUGGUGCCGGUGCUGGAGCUGGCGGUUCGUCGCCUUACGUCGGAGCAACUGCGCAGAUGCCUGAACCUACAGUUCCUAACAUCGUCACCACGAAGAAGGGGAAGAAAGGGAGGAAGGCAUCCAUGGGAGGAGCAGGGGGAGCAGGAGGGUCGUCGAUGGCGCCGAACGCGGGAAGCGGGAUGCCAGAUCCUGUCAUUCCCUCCUUUGCACCUACGCCGAGCGCACCGAGUCCGAACCGACUACCGUCGUCGAUGCCUGAACCUAGUGUUACGGACUAUACGGGCGGAACUGGGAUUACGAGGACGCCGAAUCCUGGGCCCUCCCCUGCUUUGCCUGCGGCUAGUGCUGUUACGCCGCACCUUGCGACUGCGGCUAUGCCUGAACCUGAGGUUGUGGAUUUCACUGGUGGAGGUAGAGGAGGGAGUGGGAGUGGAGGUGGACCCUCCUCGAUGCCGGAACCGACGGUUGUUGAUUACACGGGUACGGGGAAGAAGAAAGGCAAGAAGUCCAAGUCGAUGUCUGGGCCUGUCAUACCCCCCGUUCAACCUGACGAAGAGGAAGAGGAGGAAGAAGAGGGGUUCAUACCGCCGUUAUCCGCUUUGUCGGCGUCGAACGAGUCUCAACGCGGUAACGAGAACAACGGGAAUGGGAAUGGGGGUGGAGGUGGGAAGGGUGGAUGGGGCUGGGGAAGCUCGUGGGGCAUCCCGAGCGUAUUCGGGGGAGGGAACAGUAGUUCGUCGCCACAAACCGGUGGCGGCGGUGGUGCGGGUGCGGGUGAGGGUGGGAUAUUCGGAGGCGCGUCGACCUCGCCGCACGUAGGCGGUGGUGGCAUGACGAUGCCGUCGCCUCAUAUGGGGACUGGAGGGGGACUUGGGGGCCCAACGUUCGAGUGGGACACGGCGGGUGGGCAGGGCCCGCCUAUGCCCGGGGGUGUCACGGCCUCGCCGCACAUGGGGCCAUACGGGAACCCUACUGCCACUGCGGCUACGGCGCCUGUUAUCCCGCCGCCGGUUGACAAUGGGGAUGAUGAGGAUGCGAUUGACCCGCAGACUGCGAUGAAUACUGCGAUGAAUUCGGCGAGUGAGUUCCUUGGUGUGCCCGGGUUUGUACCGGAUACGGGGAAGAAGAAGAAGAAGAAGGGGAAGAAGGGGUAG